AUGAAAAGAAAGAAAGAGCGAUGGGGAAGAAGGAGACUGUUUGAUUACUCAUUGGCUAGAUUUGUUGUUAUAGAUAAAAAGAAAGAUAGAGAACAUGCAAUAGCAAAGUCGGCGGAAAAACGGAAGCAUUUCAUUCAGUCAGCUACAACAUUUCUUCGCAAGCAUAAAUUUGAUGGAUUCGAUCUCGACUGGGAAUAUCCAACCGGUGUAGCAGAGGAACAUGCCAAACUUGUUGAGGAAAUGAAAGCGGCGUUCGUGGAAGAAGCCAAGGAAUCCGGCAAGCAACAAUUACUUCUUACCGCUGCUGUAUCAGCAGUGAAAGAAACUAUUGAUGAAAGUUACAGUGUUCGAUCCCUUGGAAA